AUGCUCAGAGUGCUGGGAAAGGUACCUCUUCGUCGCUGUCUACACACGUCGGCACCGCGUUCAACGGCGCGCCCUAGCCGUGUUGGUGCUGUCAUAGCAGGUUCGGCGGUCGUAGCCAGCUAUUUGACGUGGAAGACGCUGCAUGGCGAUAGAAUUGCGCUGGACUCCGUUGCUUCCUCAUCGAAGAAAACGUCCUUAGCAAGCGAGUUCUCGGCCCCUGAUGUCCUCGCCGACGCACAUACAGAAUCUGCCGCAGCUCAGGCUGAGCUCGAAGAGUCGACUGUCGAGCCAACAGCAGAUUCGAUACCCGCUGCCGCAGAGGGCGAGGAGGAACAGGGCAGCGGCGGAGCGUACAACCCCGUCACAGGCGAGAUCAACUGGGACUGCCCAUGCCUCGGUGGGAUGGCAUACGGGCCGUGCGGCAUGCAGUUCCGCGAGGCGUUCUCGUGCUUCGUAUUCUCUGAGAAAGAGCCGAAGGGCAUCGACUGCGUGGAGAAGUUCAAGGCCAUGCAGAACUGCUUCAGGGAGCACCCGGAGGAGUAUGGCUCAGACAUAAUGAACGACGACGACGAUGAUGAAGAGCUCGCACCAAUAACUGAUGAUUCACCCGUUGGUGGCCAGACAACGGAAGCAAUCUCACCAGUACUUCCCGAGUCCCACGCAGAACCGUCAUCAUCACAGUCGUCGACUUCGGCAUAG